AUGUCCACCAAGGCACUAGUAAACUCCGCACACCAGCCUGGAAACACAUGUAUUGCUUUUUCUAGAGACGGCUCACGCGUUUACACGGGUGGAACGGACGCUCUCGUGCGCAUAUGGCGCACGGAGCUCGGCGCCGACCAGGAGCCAGACGCUGCCCUCGAAGCCGUCGAGGGAAUCACCUGUCUUGCGACUGGGGCAAGUCCUAGCACGAAUACAUGUCCGCGCGAUUGCUGGUUCUCCGGAAGUGGUGACUCGGAAGUGCGGAGGUAUGCGCACGGAAAGGCAGAGUUGGAUGGCUUGGUCACCAGUGCGACGGGAGUGCCGAUCCGGAGUGUCGCUGUGGACCCACAGGGAGGAAGGAUUGCUGUCACAUCGGACGAGACGACAGUGAAGCUUAUAGACCUGGAGGAUACCACUAAGAUCGUGGUGCUCCAAGGCCAUUCGAAAGCGGUCCGGAAGGUGACAUGGCAUCCUUCCGGCUCACUCUUGACGACGAGCGGAGCUGAUGGCAAGAUUAUCGUAUGGGAUGUCUCAGAAGGGGAGCCGAAGCAGGAGAAAGUUAUAGAGGGUAUCAUACCUACGGUCGCUAACCCGGAGUCCGAGGAUUUUGCCCACGACUGCUCGGCAAUGUGGCAUACGUCAGGCCAGUACUUCUUCGCGGCAACGCGAGCACACGAAAUUGUGACGAUAUCCAGGAGCGAAUGGUCAAAAUCUUCCACGUUCUCCGACGACGCACUCUCGGGCGCCAUCACCGCAUUGACCAUGUCGAAGAAUGGUGUCUACAUCGCCACCGCAUGCAAGUCCGGGGUGUUCAUCUGGUCUACCCAGAAUCGUAGGCUCCUCUUCCGGUUUCAAGGUGACCUCACCGCGACAAUCACGCAAAUGGCAUUCUCGCCUUCUCAAAAUCUCCUUGCGUGGACUGAUGUGGAGGGCGUGUUGACCCGCUGGCCUGGUGCGAUUCCUGCGUCUGCGCCAGAUCCAGUCAAGGCGUCGAUAGGAUCUGGAACUGCAACCGUUCCUGUUAAGCGGAAAGCGACCUCCAGUCUGUUUGAUGAUGAUGUAGAUGCAGCCAAAGGGGAUGGUGUCGAUCUUGACGAUGGUAUGGCCGCAGAAUUCGAUAAUGAUGACUGGAUAUUGGACGACCUCGGUGGUGGGAUGGAAGACGAUACAGACGAGAAAAGAUGGAGUGGAAAAGACGGAAUAAGAGAGAUGGUCAGUGUGACCAAGGCUCAGCCGCCAUUCCAGCCCGGUUCUACGCCCAUGGAGAACAAGAAGCGAUACCUAGCAUACAACAUGAUUGGAGUGAUUGAAGUCACCGAUCAAGAUACCCACCACAUCGUCAAUGUCGAAUUUCACGACAAAUCUGCACGAAAGGGAUACCACUUCACCGACCACUCGAAGUAUGACUUGGCGUCUCUCGGUGAACGUGGUGCUGUCUAUGCGUGUCAACCAGAAGGCGAUCAUUCAGCGCAUAUCAUCUACAAGCCAUACGGGACCUGGGCCUCUCAAACGGAGUGGAGCUACGAUCUUCCGAAGGGCACAAAAGUCCUGGGUGUUGCGGCGGGCGGGGCACCGCCCACCAAGUCAUUGCGCGAAAAAUCGGACGCCGAUCUGCAGGGCAACGGCAACGUUGUGAUUGCGACGAGCGAGAAUGAGCUCAUAUUUUUGACUGGUACUGGAAUUGAGCGUCAUUGCCUGAGUCUGCAGGGUGAUUUCGUGACCAUGGUCGCUGGCCCAGAAUGGGUCUUUGUUGUCCAUCGGGAUGGCGCAACUACGAUGGACGGUUCACAGAACCUGACUAGUAGACUUAUCAAGUUUGAUGAUUUCUGUUUACUCCAGAAGGACAGUCUUCCCGUCCCAAAGCGCCAUACCCUGAAAUGGCUUGGGAUCACAGAGGAGGGCGCGCCAGCUAUCUACGAUUCUGCAGGCGUUCUCAACAUCAUGCCACGAUUCAGACUCCCGUUUGCAGCAACCUGGACGCGGGCGCUGGAUACUAAUUCUCUGGAGAGACGGGAAGGCAAGCAGGAAUCGUACUGGCCAGUCGGAGUUGCGGGUGAGACGUUCAUGUGCUUGAUUCUGAAGGGAAGACAAGAAUAUCCUGGAUUCCCAAAGCCUUUAAUCCAAGAACUACCUCUGCGCUUGCCCUUCCACGGGGCAGAUCCAAAAGAAGCACCUCUCGAAGAACAUCUUGCUCGUGAGACCAUGUUGUUGGACAUCCUCCGCGAUGAUCUCGGUGAUGAAUUGACAACCGACGACUUAUCAAGAAGAGAAAUCGCUCUCGACAAGGAGCUCAUCCAGCUGAUUCAGAAUGCAUGCAAGAAUGACAAGCUCGCCCGCGCACUGGAUUUGACGAAACUUCUGCAUCAUGUACCGUCCUUUGACAUGGCGAUCAAAGUUGCCGGAUUCUACCAUCUCAUUGGGCUGCAAGAGAAAAUGGAGGUGCUCAAAGACGUCAGAGAAGCAUCGAGUCGCCUCCAGGAUGCCCGCGACAAGAGGAGACAAAGGGCGAGAGACCUUGCGCCAAUGGUGGUCAUGCGACCAGUAUAUGGAGAACCUUCCAAGCCGAAAGCCUUCCAAGACUUCAGGCCACCGCCUGUGAAUCACCGGCCUGGUUUGGAGCGGGCAACACCGGUUGUGGAAGCAAGAAAUUCCGGCUCAAGUAGAGCUACACAGAGUAGCCAGCUGUCAGAAGAUACCUCAACAUUCGGAUCGUCAUAUCUGGAUGAUUCUGUGGAUGUCGAUGACUCGAUAUCGUCCCCCGACGGGAAGAGGAAACGGGCAGAGGAGAGCGAUGCUGGACGGGAAUACCGGUCGCCUGGUGUAAACAAUGUGUCUAAACGGCGCGCUCUCGGCGAGUCGGUUUCUACUGUCGCACCAGCUGCCCCACAACCAAGAGGGAAUCCAUUCGCACGCAAGCCAGGUGCUGACUCUGGUCGAAAUCAGUUCAUGAAGGGCGCGGACGCGAACAGGUCAUUGCACAAGAGCGAGAGCUUCUUCACGAAAGUCGAUGCUGCUGAAGCAGACAAUACGACGCGCCUUCCAUCUAAUAAGAGCAAAGGGAAAGAGAAGGCCAUAGCUGGACGACAAACAACUUUGUUCGGCCUUCCUCCCGUCCCCCCUCCCGCUCCCGAAAAGAAAGCUCCUGGACGAAAAAAGAAGGGUGCUGCUGCUAGCGAGUCGGAGCAAGACACGCAGGAAAGUCUUGCUACCGGCUACGCGAUCGAAGAAGCAGACAGUCAAGCGACUGACGUGACGAUGGGGGAAUCUCUGGACAUCACAAAAACCGAUGAUAUGCCAUCACAAGUUUCCACUGAGCUUGCGGAUGGCUCUGGUGUAGAAACGCCUUUUGAUGUAGAGGAGAAUGGUAGUCCCGAGCCAAUCGAAUGGCCACCAUCUCCCGCACGCGACGACGGGAUGGUCGAAGAGUUGGCUGUGGGUUAG